GCAGCUAAGCGGAGGGACAGGAGAAGAUGGCGGCGCUGGGAGAGCCUGUGCGGCUGGAGAGAGGUGAAGGCCGGGCGGAUGGCGGGCAGCGGAAAAACAUCUGUCGGGCUAUUGAGUUGCUGGAAAAGCUACAAAGGAGUGGAGAAGUACCACCACAAAAAUUACAAGCUUUACAAAGAGUCCUUCAGAGUGAGUUCUGUAAUGCCGUAAGGGAGGUAUAUGAGCAUGUGUAUGAAACUGUAGACAUCAGCAGUAGCCCAGAAGUACGAGCUAAUGCAACAGCCAAGGCCACUGUAGCUGCCUUUGCUGCUAGUGAAGGUCAUUCCCAUCCCAGAGUCGUUGAACUGCCAAAAACUGAAGAAGGGCUUGGAUUCAAUAUCAUGGGAGGCAAAGAGCAAAAUUCUCCAAUCUAUAUAUCCCGAAUUAUCCCAGGUGGUAUUGCUGAUAGACACGGGGGAUUGAAGCGUGGAGACCAGCUUCUUUCUGUAAACGGAGUGAGUGUUGAAGGGGAACAUCAUGAGAAAGCUGUAGAACUACUGAAAGCAGCUCAAGGAAAGGUUAAGCUGGUUGUACGAUACACACCAAAAGUUCUGGAAGAGAUGGAGUCACGUUUUGAGAAAAUGAGAUCAGCAAAACGCAGGCAACAGAAUUAAUAUGGUGCAUAUAACUUCAAAGAAGCAUAACUUUUGCUUGUCUGAUAUACCCAUGGAAACUUCAUCUGGUACUAAAGAAAGAUGUUAAAUUUUGCUAAUGCUUCCAUCUUUUACAGAUUUCUAGCACACUAAUGCUUCCUAAGAAGGAAAGUUUACACUGGCAUUUCUACUUCACUGGUCUUACAGAUCUUUUUAAAAUUUAAACCUGUAACCAUCAAAACAAAUUUGUAGAUUUUUAAAAGUACAUUUUAAUAAGCUAUUUUCAGCAUUUGUGACAUCUGUUUUUUUUCUAGUCUCUUUCCAUUUGGCAUUGUUUAAAACGGAAAACCUUUAUUUUGGAUACAGAUUCACAGCCUGUCUUAAUCUUUUUAGCACUGUGUGUAUGUAAUUCACAUACAGUGAUUCAUAAUGGUGUGGUUAAGUACAGGAUUUAUACUUUUGAUGAACAAAUUUCUAUGCAUGUUCUAGAUCAUAAUUUUGUAAGAUUAAUGACAUCUUGGACACUUCGUUACCUCUUGUAAAUAGUUUGUAACAAGCAGAUUCUGAAUGUCUUGACUGACUUGCUAAAAUUCAGCAGCAAAUCAUUCCUAUAAUUUAUAUACUUUUAUACUAGUUGCAGAGCAUUUGUGGAAUUGGAAAACAGACCUGUAUUUAUAUUCAGUAAGGUAAAAUAUGAAGGUAUUGGAGAAAAAAAUUAUGUAUGUAUUUCUCCAGUAAGUUACCUGCUUUUGAAUAUGUUUGCUUGGACGGGGACCUCUACCAAACAGGUUUGUCUGUUCCUUCCCAGAACAUAAAAGUUGUAUGCCAUUUCCACAGUGAAAUGGAAAAGUUAAAAUACUCCAGUUACUUUUAAGAGUGCUAACUGAGCACAAGUGCUACUCUUAAAGAAAACAAUAGGCAGUGUUAGUAUGCAUUAAUCGUUUCAGUGGUUCUAGUCCAAAAUGAGUAUUGUUACCAUACCUUGCCUAUAGUUUUUAAAGCUCUGGAUGGUUCUUACAACUUCCCAGCUAAAGAGUGUACAAAUAAUGUUCCAAAGCUAUUGCAGAGGCAGACUGUGUGCAAAGAGAGCUUUGAAACAGUUCUUGUAGUGUGUCAUCUCCUGAGGACAAGGAGCCAAAAUUCACUCAUGAGGAGUUCCUUUUGCAGGCAAGCUAGCAAAAUAAGCUAUCUUGGAUUGUGUUUGGCAUGUGCCAGCCUAAAAAGUUAUCCUUGUAACCUGCCGUGCAUUACACUACCUUGAGCUUCAUAGUUCCUUCAUGUCCCUGCUAGUGAAUCCUCUGCCUCAGAACUGCAAGGCUGGAAAGCUCCUUGUUCUUUCCCACACUACUUUGGUGUAUCUGCUAAGGUACAACACAACAGUGGCUAGAUCCAGCAACUGCUGCUGGUCCUAUCACUUUAGAAGUGUACCCCCCUUUUUCUUUACAAGGUCAGUUAUCAAAAGCCUAUUUUUGCUUCUGCUCAUAAAUGUGUGUGAUACAUGUUUCUCUGCUUCUCUGCUUAGAUUGGUGCUUUUAUAGUCUGAAUAGUCUAAAGAAUUCUGGAGCAUGGCAGGGUCUUAUUGUCAUUGUUUGCCUUGUGUUGCUAAAUGUUCUCACUACUGCUUAUAUCAGAGUCCCUGUGUAAGCAUCUUAGUUUUAUUACUUUUUAACAACAGUUACUUUCAUUUGGAGAAAAAUAUGGUGAAAAUCAUGGCAAUUUAUAAAUGGCUUAUAGCUGUUCAGAAAUUUAGUUCAAGGGGGCCAGGCUCCAAUUUUCAAGUUAAAUUGGAGUGACUACACUUAUCAUGACAAGGGCUCGCCCUGAAAAAUUUGCCAACGUCUAGUCCUAUCUCUGAUUACUCAGAAUAAAAUAUACCUGUUUGAAAAUGGAGAAAGGGAGUUACUUCCAAGUAAGUGAGUUUGCCUUGGUCUCAGUGACCUGCUUCAAAAAUGUUUCCUUCUAUCAGUCUCUCACUGGUAGCAUUUCCCGCUUGAGCCUUGGCUCUUUGGGCUUUUCCUGUCCUGCUUGUGGGGGGGGGGCAGGGGGUGAGGAGGCACACAGUGCUUUUCCCCAGAGACCUUUUUAAACUGCUUUAGUUACGGAGAGACAAUGCAAUUCUGACUUUGACCCUUCGCUCUUUCAUUUCACUUCCUGCCUCAGAUUUAUAUUGCUAGUUGUCCCUCUCCUUUUAAAGAGCUAAAAGAGAUGCUUUUGAUGAAACUGGUUUGCUUGACUGUCCACGAGAUGUCAGUGUUCAGCUACAUCUGUGUUCAAAUCAGUAGCUGCAAAUGUUCUUUCUCUUCUCUGACUAGAACUACUUGUAGUCUAAUAAAUUGCCAGUAUAAGUUCAUAAAAGUAGGGAGGGUUUAUGAUAGUGUAAAGAUUAUGCAUAUCUAGAUGUCCUGUAAAAACAUUUUGACAUCAUGAGACUGUAAUAAUAGAAUUUUAGCGACUGAAACCCAACAGGCAUGUGAAUAUUUUGUCAUUUAGAUAACUCUGAGCACUGAAUUGCAUAUUUUAAGUGUGCAGCCUGCUGCAGAAAGCAACUGUUAGAACCAUAUUUUAAACUAUAUUUUUAUGAAGCAAUUUGUAUUUAAAGUUGAGACCAAAAUAGGUAGUUGGGGCAAUCAUGAGAUAUUUUAAUUUAAUUGUAGAGUACUAGAUUUGUGUUGGAACUCUCUAUAUUAAAGAUUCGGACUGAAGUAAACAUUAUAAAGUUAGUUCACCAUAUGUUACUGGUAUAGCAGUGGGUUUUUUUAAAAAAAAUAGAUCUAAUCUUUUUCUCAGUUGCUGAAAUCCAUGAAGGUUUAUAAAGGGGAUCCAGAACCAAGGCUGAAAGCCAGUUUUUAAAGUAAAGUUAGACUAUACAGAAAACCAAUAAAUGAAUACUACUGAAUGAGUGCAAUGAUUACAUUGUAUUGGUGUGUCUACAUAUGCAAUAAUUUAAUAACCAGCACAGAUUAAAGAAAGACAGUACUGUGUGUAGUUUUCAUGUACUUACUGCUGCUCAAGGGUUCCUUGUUUUUUUAAGGAAUAUAUGAAUAAAUAAUGUCAUAUUUCUUUGUGUGUGUUCCAUAUUUCCUUAUUGUUUUACUACCCAUAGCAAAAUGUUUGCAAACUUCUACAUUAUGAUAUCUGUUAGAAAAAUUUUAAAGCUGUAUGCAGAUGCUUCUUCUGCAAAAUAUAGUUUGGAGUUUAUCCAAGGAAGUACACAAGUGGUUUGCUUUUCACAACCUCAUUAAGUCAUGCCAGAAUAAAGUAUAGUGGUAUCCUGUGGUAGCAUCAGUCUAGAUGGUUGGAAAUCACACGAACACAUCAACAGGUGGUUCUCAAAAUGUAGUGUGGGACCUAGAAAUGGAUCAUGGCUUUCUUUCAGGUGGGUUGUAAGGCCAGGAGGAAGAACUGGGUCAUUAGUACAUUUGGGCUCGCCUCUGCACAGACUGCUGCUCAUUAAUGUUGUAUGUUUACAAAAUGUAACAUAGAAACUUGUUCAGUGUUAAUUGAUGAGCAUCCUGCAUUUUAUGGUUAGGGAGAGAGGAAGUAGACUUGGAUGUGCCAAAACUUUUCAGUUAGUGGAUUUCUGCCCAUAGAGCAUGACUUUCUCACUUCCCCCUCCUGCCACACCUUGAAAUGCUCCUGAGGGAGAAGUGGGUACCAGAAGUGGAUGGGAGGAGGCAAGAAAGUUGUGUUCAACAGCUGAAAAUCUGCCCACAGAUAUGUUCCAGUGGAUCUAUAGUAAUAAAAAUAACUGUGCUUAUAUACCCUUCUUUUCGACAGAUUAGCACUCCACUCAGGUGAACAAAGUCAGUGUUAUAAAAUGAAUACUACGUGUCUCCUCAGCUAGUUCUAGCUUGAGUAUAAGAAGUUAUACAGGUCAAGACACUUCCUGUCAUUUGCUGUUGUCAACUUUUACUAGUGAUGGCUUUGCUACCUAAGAUCCUUUACUAGAGAUACUUAAGACUGAACCUGGCAUGCAGAAAAUUUUUCUUGUGUGUGGCUACAGUGCCUUCCUACAAGGUACCUUUGGCACUUUAAUAACAUUCUCAUUUUACUUGACGUGCCUCAUGAAGAUUUCUAGGGAUGUUCUAUACUACCCCUUCUGUCUCUUUUAGAGGGUUCUCCAGAACUUUUAAGAUACAUCAUCUGUACCCCGUCUUGUUUCUUUUUGUGCCCUAUUUGUUUUUUGUUACUUAUUGUCACUGAGGCUCAAGGUAGAUCAGACAGUGUAAGUCAUUAUGAUCAAUGGCUGAAGCAUCCAACAAACAAUGCAGUGGGGUCUGGAUUACAGAAAUGUGAAAACAAACAUUGAUAUAGAAACUGCAUAAGCAUUUUAAACAACACACAGUACAAUGCAGAUCUAGUAUGAGUAACAUUAUAGCAAUAGACAAUACACAGUUCUAGAGUCCACAGUCCCUAUCCCCCUACCAAAUCAUCCUUCUGAACCGCUUCUCCGGUAUAGCUCUCUUACCUGCCUAAAAAAAGCUGCCUUGAAUAAUUCAGUUUUUCAGAAAGCCAGGAAAGUGGGAACCUUCCUAACGUUAUUAGGCAGGUCGUUCCACAACAUGGGGGUCACAACAGAGAAUGUGCUACAAUUUUUCAUACCCUGUUUAAUUCCAGAAGCUAUUCAUAUCCUGUCUUUAAAGUAUUUGCAGGCCCCCAAAUUAUGUAUUUUAAUAAAAUAAAUACCUCUGCAGUUUUAAAAAACAACCUCAAAGAUGUAAAAACAGCAGCAGGCCAGGAAUUAAGUUCCAUAAUUUGGGCAAUUGCUGAAGGUGCUUGAAUCUACGUGCCUGUCAAUCUUAUUUCUUUUUUUUUUAAUACUUUUAUUGCAGUUAAACCAUUACAACAUACUAACAUACACAUAUAAACCGAAACAUUAACCAGUACAAAACUAUUGUGAUACAGGAGGGAGUUAAGUACAUACAGUUAAAAGUUAUGUAGUUCAACAAAACUUAUAAGCUAUAAUGUAAAGCUUCUAGAGAGAGUAAUUGUUUGGAGUAUUUUUGAUCUAGGCUGGAUAUUAUUUUUAUCAACAUAUUCAAAAAAUGGAAGCCAUUUUUCCAUGAACUUGGAAUCUGCAGGAAACUGUUCAGCUAUAUAAAGAUCGUUAUGGGUUUUUUCCAUUAUGAAAUGAUUCCAUACUUUUUCAAAUCAUGAAUCUACAGAGGGUGCAUGAUCUUUCUUCCAGACCAACGCUAUCUCAUUUUUUGCGACUACAAAGAGAGUUGCAAUCAAUUCUCUUCUAAUCAUAGGUAUUGCUAAGUCUUCCCACUGAUCUAAAAAAAUGAGUUUGGGAUCCAAAGGGACUUCAUAUCCUGUAAUUAUUCUGAUUGAUUCAAUCACUUUUUCCCAAUAACUUUUUAUAAAAGGGCAACCCCACCAACAAUGGGCAAACGUACCCGUCUCUCCACAAUUUUUCCAGCAUUGUGGGGAAGCAGAUGGAUAUAUAUAGGAUAGUCUCUUAGGCGUAAGAUACCACCUGUGAAUAAUCUUAAAUGUUUGCAGCUUAGUUAAGGUAAUAUUUGAUCUAAAUAUGGCUGAAGUCCAAAUCUUAUUCCAUGUCUCAAGAGAUUGAUCUACAUUGCAAUCUUUGGCCCAGCUGGAUUGACAAAGGAUUUGCUUUUUGUUCAGUGUGUUCAAUAAUGUAGUGUAAAGUAUGGAGAUCAUUCCUUUUUUUUGAACUGUAUAAGAUCGUAAUAUCAUUUCAAAUUCCGUCAGGGGAGUUUUCAUUAUUGAUUUUAUGCCUAUUUGUUCCAUCAUAUUUUUAAUCUGUAAGUAUCUAAACCAUAACAUUUUUUGCAUUAAUUUGUCUUCUAUUUCUGAUUUCUCCAUCAGGCCUGAAUUUGUAGCAAUGUCAGUUAAUCUUGUCAUCUUAGCUUGUUGAAAUAUAUUUAUGAAAUCUGAUUCUUGACCUGGAGGAAACCAAGACUGAUUAACAAAUGAGGAAAAUCUGGAUUUUUCUGGAAUUAAUUUAGCUUUAAAUUUGUCCCAUAUCUGCAAAAUUGCUAAUAAAAACGUAUUUUUUUAA